UAGCUGACAAGGGCCACACCGCCGGAGCCGACCAGUCACCAACCAGGCACAUCCGAGCCGGCAAACACCAGCUUGCCAUUCGCGCCACGACCACGACCCCUCUCGCCAUGGAUCCCGGGACGGAGCACGCGGGCACGGCGGCGUGGCGCUCCCGCGCGGUGUGCGGCACGGAGUACAGCUGGUGCCGCGCCGUGCCGGGCGGCACCGGCACCACGCUCCUCGCGCUCCGCCUCUCGCGCCGCGGCAGCUCGGCGGCCGAGGCGGCCGUCCGCUCGCUCCAGAGCGCGCACCCCGUCCUCCGCGCCCACAUCCGCGCCGCCUCCGCCUCCAGCCCCACCCUCGCCUUCCCCUCCACCGCGGCGCAGCCCGCCCUCGCGCCCCAGCCCUCCGCGCUCGACUUCAGCUCCCUCCUCGAGCGCGAGCUCAACAGCAACCCGUGGGCGUCCGACCCCGGGCCCGAGGGUGCGCCGGUGCUCUUCGCCGCGCUCUACGACCUGCCCCCGCCCUCGGGCGGCGCCGCGCUGUUCGUCCGGAUCCACACGGCCGCGUGCGACCGCGCGGCGUCGGGCGCGCUGCUGAGGGAGCUCCUGGCGCAUCUGGGAGGCGCGGGCGACCCGGAGGAGGAGGAGGCGGCGGCGGUGGAGGCGGGGUUGGAAGACAGGAUACCGAAGCAGGACGCGUGGAAGCCGUUCUGGGCGCGUGGGGUGGACAUGGUGGGCUACUCCAUCAACGGGCUGCGCACGUCGACGCUGCCGUUCGAGGAGGCCGGCACGGCCAGGUCGACGCAGAUGGUGCGCAUCGCGUUCGGCCGCGAGGACACGAAGCGCCUGCUCGAUGCGUGCAAGGAGAACGGGGUGAAGCUUUGCUCGGCCAUGGCUGCCGCCACGCUGCUAGCUGCACGGCAGUCCAAGAAGCUGGACAGUGGCCAGCAGGAGACGUACUCAGUGGCGACCCUGAUCAACUGCCGCCAGUUUCUUGAGCCAGUUUUGGAUGAUCACAACGUUGGGUUCUUCUACUCUGCCAUCACCAACACCCACAAGAUACACGGGGAGGAAGGGCUGUGGGCGCUGGCCAAGAGGUGCCAUGAUUCCUACAGCAGUGCCAAGAACAGCAAGAAGCACCUCACCGACACCGCCGACCUCAACUUCCUCAUGUGCCGGGCCAUCGAGAACCCGCAGCUGACGACGGCCUCGGCGCUCCGGACGGCGCUCGUCUCCGUGUUCGAGGAGCCGGUCACCUACGACGGCCUGUCUGACCUGCAGAGCAAGGCUGGCGCGGAGCAGUACUUCGACUGCGCCACCGUGCACGGCAUCGGGCCGUCGGUCGGCGUGUUCGACUCUAUCAGGGACGGGCAGCUGGACUGCGCGUGCAUGUACCCUUCUCCUCUGCAUUCCAGGAAGCAGAUACAGGAGAUGUUCGACAAGGUGAAGCGGAUUUUGGCCGAAGGGUGCAACGCCGGUGAUGAGAAACUAUGAAGAGAAUUGGCCCUUUCCGUAAAUAAACCUGGAUGUUGCAUAUUCAGGUGCGAUUUGUAAUCUGCUGCUUGAGAAUGGAAUACACUGACAGGCAUCAGUUAUCCGAAAA